AUGGAGUACAAAGUUGAAGUUGCUCAAGAUGCAGAUAUGGCAGAACUGGUAGCAGUUCUCUUUGACGGCUUCGAACGGCCGUAUCAAGGCAUCUUGCGCAACUUUUUCCCCAUCUUCAACAACGAUCGCGAGGCUUGUUUACUCGCAGGCAUCGAAAGCCAACGAAAGGAGUACAAGAACUCAGAUUCGGAACUCAUCUGGUUGAAGGUCACUUAUCAUGCAAAUGACGAAGACACCAAAGGCACGAUAGUCGGAGGCGCGAAAUGGUAUUUCUAUCAAAGAAACCCAUUUGUUCCAAAGGCAGGCUCGGAUCAUGACCCUACCACUGAGGAGGCUGUUUGGUUUCCAGAAGGACCGGGUAGGACGUUUGCAACAGCGGUUAUGCAUGGCAUUGACAAGCCGAGAAUGACCAUGGCUCAAGGACCUCAUGCUUCUGAUACGCAAGCGCGCAUUUCAAUAGUUCUCAACAUCGCAUUCACUGUGCUCGAGCAUAGGCGAAAAGGAGUCGCCAAUCUCUUCCUGAAUUGGGGACUCAACCGUGCCGACGAACUCGGCCUAGAGGCCUGGCUCGAUGCAUCUGAACAUGGAAAGCCGGUUUACGAGAAGUUGGGAUUUCUUUCGUACAAAUUGAACAAAGUUUCUCCUGUCAUGCCUGCGUCAUAUACUGCGGAUCAGAAGGCGGAGUGGGAGAAACUGGAGAAAGAAAUUCUUCCCGUAGAAGCGAUGGUAAUGUGGCGGCCGGUAAAAGGCACGUUCAUUGAAGGUGAGACAAUUAAGCCAUGGGAUCGAUGA